GGGUGCCGCGGAGGGACCCGCGCUCCGGCGUUGGGUUCGCGGAGCUGUAGGGGGCGCUAGACCAAGUCUCUCCAGAGCAGUGGAGUUGCCGGGAGGCGGGUAGAGUGUCCCCCGGGUAGCGCGUACCUGCGAGUCGUGGCGCUCUGCCCAAGAUGGCGGCGGCGGCCGGCGCGGCCCUGGAGGAGGCCAGCCUGCUGGCCUGGCUGUUCCGCGGGGCGCCGGGGCCGGCGCCGGGGCCGGAGCUGGCCGGGUACCUGGCGGAGCUGGCGGGGCUGGGGCUGGAGGCGCUGGGCCGCGAGCCGGGCCGCCUGGCCGAGGAGCGGGCGCUGGCCGCCGCCCAGACGCGGCACUUGGCCUUCGCCCACUACAAGAUCUUCAUCCGCUCGGCCGAGUGCACCAGCGAGACGGGCCGCGGCUUCGGGGGCAUCGAGCGCGGCCUGGCCCGGCUCCUGGGGCGGCUGCCCGGCUUCCAGGAGAGCUGCAGGAGCUUCUUGCGGGACGCCGAGGAAAUCGCCUCCAGCCGGCGCAUGAACAGCCUGACCCUGAACCGGCACACGGAGAUCUUGGAGAUCCUGGAGAUCCCGCAGCUGAUGGACACCUGCGUCCGUAACGGCUACUACGAGGAGGCGCUGGAGCUCGCUGCCUACGUGCGCCGGCUGGAGAGGAAACACUCCUCCAUCCCUGUCAUCCAGGGCAUUGUGGACGAAGUGCAUCAGUCUUCACAGCUGAUGCUGAAUCACUUGAUCCAGCAACUGCGCACUAAUAUCCAGCUGCCAGCUUGCCUGCGUGUCAUUGGCUACUUGCGGCGCAUGGAUGUGUUCACAGAGGCCGAACUGCGCAUCAAGUUUCUGCAGGCCCGGGACGCCUGGCUCCACUCCAUCCAGGCCUCUAUCCCUGAUGACGACCCCUACUUCCACAUCACCAAGACCAUCGAGGCCUGCCGCGUCCAUCUCUUUGACAUCAUCACACAGUAUCGCGCCAUCUUCUCGGACGAGGAGCCGUUGCUGCCUCCCGGCGAGCAUGCGGUCAAUGAGAGUGCCAUCUUCCAUGGCUGGGUGCUGCAGAAGGUUUCACAAUUCCUGCAGGUUCUGGAUAAUGACCUCCGGCGGGGGGUGGGCAGCCGCUUGGACUCACUGUUGGGUCAGUGCAUGUACUUUGGCCUGUCCUUUAGCAGGGUGGGAGCUGAUUUCCGGGGCCAGCUGGCCCCAGUGUUCCAGCAAGUUGCAUUUGGCACUUUCAAGAAGGCGAUUCAGGAAGCAGUGGACAAAUUCCAAGAUGAGAUGAACUCCUACACGCUGAUCUCUGCUCCUGCUGUCCUGGGCAGCACCAUCCCUGUGGCAGUGCCAACCACCCAGCCAGGAACCCUGCAGCCUCCCAUGGUGCUGCUGGACUUCCCACCUCUUGCCUGUUUCCUGAACAAUAUUCUCGUUGCCUUCAAUGACCUGCGUCUCUGCUGCCCUGUGGCUCUUGCCCAGGAUGUAACGACUUCCCUGGAGGCUGCCCUGGGCAAGGUGACUCAAACAAUCUUGGCUUUUCACCGGGCAGAGGAGGCGGCUUUCAGCAGCCGGGAGCAAGAGCUUUUUGCUCAGUUCUGUACGGUGUUCCUGGAAGACCUGCUCCCCUACCUUAACCGUUGCCUCCACGUGCUCUUUCCCCCAGCCCAGAUAGCACAGACCCUGGGUGUUCCUCCCACUCAGCUGCACAAGCAUGGCAGCCUGGGCUGUGUGGACGUGAAUGUGAUCAAGGAGCCACUCGCCUUCAUCCUGCCAAAGAGAGAGGCCACGUUCACUCCAGACGAGAAGGAACUGGCCCAGGAGAGCCUUGCACCUGCACCAGAAAUUCCAGGGCCAGAGCAGGGAGUAGAACCUAGUGUGCAGCUGCCUCCGGUGGCUGGAGAGGAGAGCAGCCUGAACACAAUGGCUGUUCUGCAGCCUGAUGUCCCAGGAGCCACAACCUAACAGAGGGAGGGGACUGCCCCAGCUUGCCCGCCGUGCUGCGUGCAUAUCCUGGCUGAUUCUGGCCUCUGCAGAAGCCUGUGGGAGUCUUGCACGUAGCAGCGCUGGUAUUGAACAAUGGCACUGUGUGUAGGGGUGUGGAUGGAGAUGAGCAGGAACAUUGGCUGUGGCUGCUGAUGGGAACUGUACAGAGGAUUACAGGCUGCAUCAUCUGUAACUACUUCCUUGGCUUCACUGUAACCAUCGAGUGUGGGCAAGGGCCCUUGCAGGUCUCCUGGGCCAGGCCUGGGUGGAAGGAGGCUGGACCCAGGCUCUCUGUAGUAUAAAGAGAGUGAAUGCUUUCUGACUUGGAAAGCAGGUUCAAUGAUGUACAUACCUCUGGAAAAGGCUGAUCAUUGUGUAAAUAAAGCUCAUGAGUGUAUGCGGUGCUGUACCUGCUUCUCCCCCUAGCCCUGGCUGCAAGCAGCUGCUAUGGGCAUACCUUGCUAGGGUCUGUCAUUUCUCUCCCCAGCCUGACAAGGGCUCAGCUGUUGAAGAUAUUCACAGAUGCUCAGCUGCUGCUCUUACCCCGUCUGAGCUUUGGGCUCAAACCCUGGGUAACUCUAGAGGCAAUGGCCAGAGAGAAAAAUCAGUGUAUUUUGCACUGCGGGGAA